AUGACAGAAGGAAAAAUGCAAAUGCAUAUUGCCCUACUUCGACAGCAGCUUAAGGAUCAUAAUGUGGAGCCUGUCACAGUUGACCAGGCAUUAGACGAAUUCAACGAUAAGGUUAAAAUGACAACGACCAAAACUUCUGUGACUCUUUGGGUGCCUGGAGAGUCUAGUUUAAAGUCCUUAAUCCCAGAUCCUAAUGAGUACGCCAAAAGAGUGUAA